AUGACAAUAUUGUAUGGUAGGGCUAUAAAACCACCUGGAUAUGUUCAACCUUCCAAAGCUCCUGAUCCCAACCCGCCCAAGUACGAAUACGGAUAUAAAAUCUCUGACGAGAAAGGGAGCGGACAAGGAAAGCAGGAACAAAGAGAUGGAAUAUAUGCGUUAGGAAGGUAUUACGUCCAACAAAAAAAUGCUAACCAAGAGGUACAGUACUUUGCUGAUGACUGGGGUUACCACCCCGUUGUUGAGUACAGUAGCGUAGGCCCACACAGUAGAUCCACGGCAAAAUUCGCACUUGGAGCAGAGUCUGUUCAGCAACUGAAAAACAAAGAGAAUAAUCUUCCUCAACUGCAAGGAAUUUUCAACGGCAAUGAAAGGUUAGAUACAAUAAGCACUGUGCCUUCCAGUCAAAAUAAGGCACAACAAACCAUACCGCAACCACAGGACCAAAUUUUUACAGUCCAACUCCAACAAGAAUCGCAUGGACCCCAACAGCAGAAGCAGGAAGAAAAUACUAAUCCCCUUCCACAGGAGGAAUUAGCUGGACCAGCAGAUCAACAAGGAUUAGGUCAAACUGUCCUUUUAGAAGGCGAAUUUCAGCAGCAACCUCUUGAGGGCCGAAUAUCUGAAUCGCAAGUAGACAACGAAGAGCGAACAGUAUUGGGUGAAGGACAGUCAUCAUCACUAGCUCAACAUCAAGUUCAAAACUCAAAUGAGAAUCUCCCACAAUAUAGUAAACUUGAAGUGGAGGAAGAUCAGCAAUUCAUCGAACAGAAUCAGAAGUCGCAACAAAUUGGGCAAGAAAUAUCUCAAAAUCAGUUUAACCAAAGUGAGGAAGGUCAAAUCCAACAAGUACUUUUAAAACAUGAAGAACCAAUACAACAAUUAAUUUUUCCCCAACAACAGCAGACUGUUUAUCAGCAGUCUCAGCAGGAAAGCAGUCAGGUUAACAAUCACAACGCGAUUUCAGAGAAAACUGAUAUUGACAAGACGUUAUAUGUACAACUUUUACCUCAACAGGGGAAUUUCAUUCAACAAGUACAGUUUCUCUCCGGAUCAGAUAUUGUUGGUAACCAAGGAGCAUUGAAUUAUGAACAAAACCAAGAUGAAUUUCAAGGAGAUCAAUAUGAAUCUACAAUUUUAUUUGAGAACUCGAAAAAGAGUGUCGACCAGCUUAUUGCUAAUGAACAAUAUCAAAAUGAUAACUAUGAGAAUAAGUUUGGAUCUAAAACUACUACUAAAGAUGAAGCAGGCACAUCUAAUAAGUUAAUAGAGCAUACCAAAAAUUUAGUAACUGGACAAGACGUCCUAAAUAUUAACCAAGCCAUCAUCGAGGAACAUAUCAAUGCAGAACCAACACCUCAAACUAUAAGUGAUUAUGACUCUUCCCGAAUAGUAUCAGAAAAUACCAUUACGAACAUUCUAAUUAAUCAUUCAGAUUCCUCUUACUCUACUUCUGCAACGGCUCCUAUUACUGAGGCUAGUUUACAUGAACAACCGAUUGUGGUGGCAGAUAUUGAAGAAAAUACCACUCAAACAACAGCAAAAAGCGCUCUUACGCCGCAAGGCAAAUAUCACUCCUCUAUAUCUACAACUCCUUUAACUAUUUCCAAAGACUUAGAUCUCAAUUCUUCUCCCACUGUGUUAGUAACACCUAGGCCAGUUAGUAACACAAUUUUAGCUCCUAUUACUGCAGGAGUUCAGCUGCAGAAUAUCGACCUUCAAAGUGAAAAUGAAAAGAACUUUGGGCAGGAACAGUAUGGGGUAGAAGUACAAAAAAGUCUUCCAUAUUAUUUAGGAAAGUUUGAAUACCCACAAUCAGUUCUUAACGAACAGCAAGUCAUCUUUAACAGCACCGUCAACGAAACAAACACCGCUGAAUUAAGAGCUACGGAAAACAUUGAAUUAGGCAAGACACUAUUGUUUUUCCCCGGACAAAAUGUACCGAAGCAUGAAAUACAACAACUUCCACAGUUUGCGUAUAACCAACAAUUUACUGAAGUAAAUAAUGAUAUCACUGUACAGCAGCUUCCCUCCACAGAAAUUAAGGAAAACUUCAUAGAACUAGAUCAGCAACCAGCUCAGGGUUAUCAACACCACGUUGUGCUCCAGCAUACUGGAGCAGCGUCCAACUAUGGUAAACCACCCACAGAAAUUACUAAAAUAAUUCACAGACCAUAUCCUGUGAAAGUUCCGUAUGAAGUGCCCUACCCAGUUGUAAAGCAGGUACAUGUCCCUUUUACAGUACAAAAAAUUAUUGAGAAGCCAAUACACCUCACAAAAUAUAUUGAGAAGCCAGUGCCUGUACCUCAACCUUAUCCAGUGGAAAAAAUUGUUGAAAAACCUAUUCACGUACCAAUCCAAGUGACGAAGUACAUAGACAGACCUUACCCAGUAGAGGUGCGGAUACCGUAUCCACAGCCGUACCCUGUGGAAAAAGUUGUACAGAAGAUAGUGAAGCAACCGUAUCCCGUUGAAGUAAGAAUUCCUGUACCAGUGGAAAAAAUCGUUGAAAAGAAGGUUCCUGUCCCACAUUACGUUGAAAAACCUGUAGAGAAAAUUAUAGAGAAGCCAGUUCCACACUACAUUGACAGACCUUAUCCAGUGGAGGUUAAAGUACCUAUACCUCAACCAUAUGUAGUACAUGUGGAGGUCCCCAAAAUAUAUCCACAGAUAAACAAAGUAUUACAAAAGCCGUACGGAACCGCAGUAGCUUCUCAAGCCUCAAACAUACAGGCUUACACAAUUCCUUCAACAGUGAACAUACCUCAAAAUUUACAAUUUGGAUUUCCUCUGCAUAUUAAUGCUCAGUCGGGCUAUUUGAAUAAAAAAUCCGAGCAACAAGCUCAGCAGUCUCAACAGCAGCAAACUUACAUUUACGCAAAUCCGUAUGCUUACGCUCCACAGAUUAAUCAUUACCUUUCACCCAAACAAGAAUUAGCUAUAAGCAAUGGAUACUUACCUAUAGCACAAAAUAAUAACAAAUACUUUCCGCCAAAAAAGGACUGUGGACAACAAAACGCUGAGACAAGCUUAAGAAACCUUUAUUUCACGAUAAAACCUGAUAACUACAUCGGAUUGUUACCUCCAAAGAUUAGCAAUUCUCAGUUCAAUUUUGUAAGGAAAUUAAGAACAGCAAGGUCGAACUUUGACGAGAAGAAUAUCAGGAUGGAGUAUGGGUUUAUGCCACCGCUGAUACCUUCCUUAGAAAUCGAUGAGCAGGGAAAUCCUAUUGAGAGGAAUGAGAAAUGAGGAUUCACUUGAUAUUGCCAUUUAGAUUAUGUUAAGUUUAUGGAGUAUUUAGAGGAACGUCGGUUACCGGUUAUGAAGAUACCUCAGAUAUAACUUUGGUACCAUUUUAAGAAAUCGAUUUAUUGUAUUACUAUUAGUUUCUUUUUUAAAAUUUGUGUGUACUGUAUUUAUUUCAUUUCUUUAGUUAAAUUAAUCUUACUUUCAGAUUAACUUUUCAGUAAUUAUGGACGCUAUAUUAUAGUAAAAUUAAACUGUUCUGCAUAAAUGUUUUAGAAACAUUAUAAAUGUGAGAAUAGAAUAAUACGACACGUACCUACAUUACAUGAAACAGAAACAUUAUUAUAGUUGUUAACAUACGCUCUCUACUGAUCUAUUACUUCUUUAAGUAUAUUUUAAUUGGAUUUUCUUGGAGUUUACACUAUUUUUAUAAACAAGUAUAAUAUCCAUAACAAUUACUAUAAUAUAGAAAACUAUUUUUUAUAUUAAGAAUAUUACAUCAAUGAGACGAAAUAAUGAUAUU